GCUCACUGGGUGUGCAAGCUUGACUCAUGUUCACCCUUCUGUUUUCUCUCUUCCAAAGCUUGAAAGUUUACAUGUAUAUGAAUGCAACGCACUCACAACCCUAUCAACUGAAUAUUGUUCACCAUCUCUUCAAUCAAUUGUUGCUUAUAAUUGCCCUAAUCUCCAAGAAUUCUCAGUCCCAAUGAUUGGUCAUCAUUCCGGAAUUCAUCUGCAUCUCAGGUCAACUGCUUUGAAGAAACUACCAUCAUCAAUAUUUCAUCUUAAGGAUCUUCAACACUUCUCCUUUCCAAUUAGUGAGAGCCUUAUGGAUCUUCCUACAAACUUUGCCUUUCAAAUCUCGCUUUCUGACCCUGUUCAACAUAAAUAUGACACUGCAAUCACCUUACAUAAAGUACUACCUAGCCCUGUCUUUCAAUCUGUAGUACGUGUAGUGUUUGAUAAUUGUUGUAGCUUAACUGAAAUCCCAGAAAGCUUCUCUUUGUUAUCAUCAUUAGCGCACUUAAACCUAUAUCGUUGUAUUAAUGUCAGAACCUUGCCCCAAAGCCUUAAGUGCCUUCCACGCCUUGAAGUUCUUAACAUUUUUCAAUGUGAUAUGCUGGAACUUUUGCCAAUGCUUCCACCUUCCUUGAAACGCCUUAGGGUCUGGAAUUGCAAGCUUCUGAAGACAGUGUUGAGUACAAUAAGCGAACCAACCAGGAAAGAUGAGGCUACAUUUUUGUUCCUGAACUGCAAUAAUUUGGAUGAAGACUCCUAUGGUAUCAUUUUGAAAGAUGUUAUUGUAAGGACAGAACUUGUGAUAACACCAUCAUCAUCAGGAACAGAAUUUGAAAACCAAGAAGAAGAAAGAUUCUUUGAUUGUUAUACAUAUUUUGGUGAGAUUUGUUAUUGGUUGCCAGUUAGAGGCAGUAAUAUUCAUGACUUGUUUGAUGUCCACUCUACUGAAGAAGCUACUUAUAAGUUGAGUGUUGAAGUGCCUCGAGAUUCCAACUUAGUUGGUUUCCUUUUGUUCAUUGUUGUUUCUGAAGAACAAUGGAGUUGCAUAGAAGAACACAUAUGGUACAAUGUAGGUGACCUCCUAGGCUUUGGGUGUGAAUGUUCCUUGGAAACAAGUUGGGGUGAAAAGGUUCAUACAGAAAGCUUCUCCUUGUUACAAUGGCACUGGGAUCAAUUCUACCAUCAUCUCAAUAUUACUUCAGAUCAUGCGUUUUUAUGGUAUGACGAGAAAUGUUGUAAGAAGAUAAUGGAGCCAAUUAGAGGGAGAAAAGGAAAAGACAUCAAUGAUGAGAAGGGAUCCACGUCUACUUGCAAUAAUGCAAAUCUUACACUUGAAUUCUUUGCUGGGGUGGUGAAUAAAUUGGAUGCAGUGAUACAAGAGUGUGGCAUUCGCUGGAUAUAUCAAAAUGUGGAGGAAGAAGAAGGACCAAGAGGGCGCAAAUCCAAGAGAAGCAUCGAAGAAUCUUAUGAAGAAGAAGGUUCUGAAUCUGAUGAUGAUGAGCAAGAAGAAUCAUCAAUUCCUCCAACAAAGAAGUUUAAGCAAAGUUUGCUAGAACCUUCCUUGAUGCUUGAAGGAGAAGAAGUAGUAGAGGACUUGAGGGAAAAACUUGAAGAAAUCUUGCACAUUGGAUUUGAUAUAUGGAGAUUCAUGUGAUGAGGAAAAGGAACGACAUGUAGCUCCACC